AUGCAAAUAAAAUUCAAGAAUAUAAAGUUGCUGAGUACUCGAAGUAAAACGGUAUCGUCAACCGAUUCUGAGUCUACCGAAGGGCCUCUUAUUGAAGACAGAUGGACCAACAACAUAAGUUAUCGCCAGCUUGUUAUUUCAUCAUGUAUCGGAAUCCUUCAAGUCUGGUGGCAUCCGUAUCUUCACGAUUUUGCAAGAUUCCUGCCAUUUCUUUUUCUGUACAACGUGUUUAGUGUAUUCUUCGCCUACCCAUUGUUCUAUUUGGAGCUAGCAUUGGGUGUUGUGACGAGAAAGGGUGUAUUGAACUGUUGGGAUAUGUCACCGUGUGCUAGAGGUGUUGGAAUAGCAAUGCUCAUUACUUCAAUGUUCACUGUCAUAUCGUUGGGUGUUGUUAGUGCAUGGUGUCUGGCGUUAACGGUCCAUUCCCUGCAUUCAUUUCUACCCUGGCUGCAUUGUGCUGCAGAUGCGAAUCCCCCGUGUGCUGCCAGACAUCGCCCAUUACCUGAGGGAAGUGAGACACCGGCGCAGUCUUUCUUUUUUAAUUUCGUACUGAAUUUAAAAAGAAAUGGACUCUCUGGUGGUCUCGGAAAUGUGGUACCUGAGUUGACUGUGUACUAUGUGAUUAGUUGGAUCUUGGUGUAUCUUAUAGCCUGUAAACGAAUCUAUAGUUAUUCAAAGAUGGUAUUAUUCAAAGACGCGCUAACGUAUUUCUCGUUAGUUGUAUGCGCUGUGGGCGUGACCAGGCUUAAUGGAGCGGGCAGAAUGUUCAAAGAGUGCGAUUGGGGUGUUCUUUUUAACGGUUUUCAGGUAUGGCGCGAAGCGAUCGAAUAUUCCUUUCUCCAGAUGUGUGUAUCACAAGGAACAUUGGUAAUGCUGGGAUCCUACUGUCCCAAACAGAAGCAGAAGCUGACCAACACAGCGCUUCUUGCUUUCGCGGUAUCCAAAACAUGUUGUACUGGCACGGCCUUCAUACUUGGCGCUGUGCAUGGUGCCUUAUAUCUGGAUUACGAUAAUAGUACUAGGAUUUGGGGAGGAGCAUCAUCCUCAAUCGUUCUCUGGUCUGACUACGUAGCACGAAUACCAGGCAGCCAGUUUUGGUCAUUUCUUAUAUUUUUCUCACUGUUUGUAUUAUCACUUUCGUCUAUGGCACUACUAGUUCAAACAAUAAUAUCAACGUUCACAGGACGACUCGUUCGGAAAAUAACAUGGGCGUUUCUUAUAUUAAUUUGUUUUCUCCUUUGUUUUAUUGGCAUCUUAACUCUUUGUACUCAGGGCGGACUUUAUAUCCUAAAUUUCCUGAUGCGGUGGCCAGUUUCGAAGCCCAGAGCACCAAUAGCUGCUGUCCUUACACUCGUGGUUACUUUUGUCUACGGACAAACUGCCUUCUGUGAAGACGUGUAUUUCGCUGUCGGAGAAUAUCCUAGCGUUUUCUUGAGAAUCUGUUGGGCAGUGGCACCGUUAAUAUUGAUGAGCACAUUUUUAUCGGGAAUAUCGUAUGGGCCGUUUGAAGCAGGCAUCGGUUGGACGCUGGUCUCAUUGACGUUGGCUCCAAUAGCGAUCGUGAUGCUGCUGUAUCUUAUCUUCAAAUUUAGAGUCAGGGAUUUCUUUUUGCACAUGUGUGGCAAAAAUUACGAACAUUAA